GUGUGUGCCGCGAGUGCCGCGAAAGGUAUACUCUAGCGUUAGUUACAGUAUAGGUUGUACCUUCUUGCACUACCUUCGCGCAUGGCGAACUGCCUGGACGGAAUACGGGAUCUAUCGACGAGAAACAGAGCCGGCACGAGGCACACGAAAUAAAAAAACCCAUCGAUUAGAUAGGCGGGCAGGCAGCCUACUCACCUAUACCCACCUACCUUAUUACCUACGUUACUGUCAUCUGGAGAGUGACGACGGCGCCGAGAGAUCAUCAUCAGAGCAAUAAGCAACUCAGCAGAGCUCCGGACUUUUUGGGUUGCUCGCGGUGUCAGAGAUCAGUAAUCUCUGGCGGUGUGUGUUUGUGUAUGUGUGUUUGUGGUUGAUAGUUUUUAGUGGUUUCGACAGGCAAUAGUAUACUAUCUAAUAUUAGUAAUAGCAGCAGCAACAAAAGUAGCGCAUAAGACAGCGCAGGCUGAGCCAAGUUUUGCGUCUUGUCGUCGUCGUCGUCGCCGCAUCCGUCGUCGUCGGUCGGCGCCCGUCACACACACAAGAUGGAGGAUCUCGCAGUCGAAGUAUGCGGCGAAAACGGAGCAUAUUACAAGGCCUUUGUCAGGGACGUGUUCGAGGAGGAAGUUCUCGUGUCAUUCGAAAAUGAUUGGCAACCAGAAUCCAAAUUUCCGUUUUCUAAAGUACGCUUGCCACCCAAGGAAGGUACUAAGCCAGAAUUUCAGGAAAAUCAGGAGAUCGAAGUAUUUUCCAGGGCAAACGACCAAGAGGCCAGUGGAUGGUGGAGAGCCAUCAUCAAUAUGACCAAGGGUGGUUUUCAAGUCAUUGAAUAUCUGGGAUGGGACUGUGCGUAUACUGAAAUUGUUGCCAGCGAGAGAUUAAGACCGAAAAAUCCAAAUCCACCCAUCGAUAAGAACACAUUUCACAAAAUUGAAAUAGAAGUACCUGAGGAGCUACGAGAAUUUGCCAAGCUGGAUGUACAUAAGGAAUUUGCAAAAGUAAUAGAAGCAGCUGUGUGUCGAUAUGUGCCUGAACGAGGAGUACUGCUGGCCAUCUCCCGUAAUGAAAAUAUACGUCGACAUUGUAGUAUGGUUCAGGACAUGCAUUUACGCAACUUACAACAAAAGGUCCUGCUUUUGAAAAGGACAGAAGAAGCUGCUCGCCAGUUGGAAUCCACCAAGCUUCAAACAUCUGGAGUCAAAUUUAAACCUUCCAACUUUGUAUAUCAACGUGUCUCAGACUUUGAGACAGGAGUGAAAACAAAUUCAAGGUACACGGAUGAGUUCAAUGUCAGAGAGGAUUUGAUGGGUCUUGCUAUAGGCGCUCAUGGAGCAAACAUUCAGCAAGCAAGAAAGGUCGAUGGAAUCACCAAUAUAGAAUUGGAGGAAAACUCGUGUACUUUUAAAAUUUAUGGUGAAACGCAUGAUGCUGUAAAAAAAGCUCGUUCCAUAUUGGAGUAUAGUGAAGAGUCAAUUCAAGUUCCACGUAUUCUUGUUGGCAAAGUUAUUGGUAAGAACGGAAGAAUCAUCCAAGAAAUCGUGGAUAAAAGUGGCGUUGUGCGAGUUAAAAUUGAAGGUGAUAAUGAACCUCAGCCAACAAUUCCAAGAGAAGAAGGCCAAGUACCUUUUGUCUUUGUGGGUACCGUUGAAAGUAUUUCGAAUGCCAAAGUGCUGUUGGAAUAUCAUUUGGCCCACCUUAAGGAAGUUGAGCAAUUGCGCCAAGAAAAACUUGAAAUUGAUCAGCAGUUGAGAAGUAUUCAUGGAACGAACCAAGGCCCAGGAAUGCACAAUUUCCAGCUAACGAGGCGAGGGUUGCCAAUAGGUCUCGAGGACGGUGGUAACAAUCGAGGUGGUCGAGGAGGUGGUCAAACUCGAGGUCGUGGAAGGGGCAGAGCUCCUACAAGACACAACAGUGGAAUGCGUCGGGACAUGGAUAACAGCGAGGAUAGAGUUCGUGACCUGCCGCCGAGAGGUGGUCAUCAUCAGGGAGGUCAGGGUGGCAGUAGCACUUAUGGUCCGAGUAGUGGUAGACAGGGUGGUGGCCGACCCAACAUGCAGCGCCGAGACCGUAGGGACGAUCGCCGCCGGACUACGGAUGACGAAGAAACCUUCCUCGACAGCCAAGAUGUUUCGAGCGUCGAUCGAGAAUCGGUAUCAAGCAUGGAAGGUGGUAUCAAAGGAUCUAAAAGGCGCUUACGACGCUAUCGUCAGCGCAGUGCCACGCCAUCCAAUAGUAGACGAGGAAGCAAUGCCGGCCAAAAUGAUCAACCAAGUGCUUCUAACGCUGUAAACAAAGAUAUUGUGCAAUCAAACAAUGAGAACUCAGUAUCCAUUAACAACAGUGGUAGCAAUCAACAACAGCAGCCACAACAGCUGCAACAACAGGGCCCCAAGGGCCAGCGUGAGCAACGGCCGCGUUACUCACGUGUCCCUCAGAACAAUAAGCCCAAGGAGGCGAUGGUCAAUGGUACCAGUGGCUAGAAGGAUACCGCCCUCCGAGUGUCAUGUCGCGGCGGCAAAUAUCCCACACAUACAGCAACCCCCCCAAAAGACGAACUGAUGGAAGAUAUGCUAUUCGUUUACAAAGGGAUAGAUUUACACAUGGGCGAGAUUAUAGAAUUUUUUUAAAAGUGCGAUGCGAAGAAACGAUGUUACUAAUAUAGGGGAAAAAACUUGAAAAUACGUUGAAGAGAACUUUAAAAUGACGUGUGGUUAAAAUAACAGUUUUAACGUGACGUCCAUAGGUGAAAGUCGGGGAAGAUUGUGGGAAUAUAAGAAAAAAGUAACAAGAUAAAUCACACGUUAAAAAAUGUCGGAAGAACUGCCCGUGACGCGAAAUAUAUAUUUACACAUAUAUAUCCACGCAAACAUAUUUAAAUGGUGUAUAUCGUAAACCCAAAAAAUGAGCUACCUACAUCAGCACGCAAUAUGACGCAUUAACCUCUACUCACUAAUGGACUACACAUGAAUUUUGAAACGCGACAUGAAGAUUAACCUAUACUCGUCAUUAAGACUGUUUGCUACCAAUAAGAAAAAAAAUAACGACACUUAUAAUCGACGAUCAUUUUCCUAAAAGAUAAAAAGUAAAAAGAUUUAAAAAUACAAAAAAAAAAGUUGAAGGACAAGUAUAUUAUUCAUGCAUGGUUAAGUUUAAAAAAAAAAAUCAAACAAAAAUGAUGAAACGGUGACGAGAAUUGAAGAACCGUCAUCGAUUCGCAAAAUGGAACAUGGACACAUUCAUUGGGAAACAGUUAAUAAGAGGCAGCAGCAGCGGCCGCACAACGGAAGUGGAGCUUGAUAAGAAGAGAAGAAAUGCUUUUCUCUUUCUCGUGAUUGUGAAAUUGUGCCUCAUUUUUUAUACUCAAGUCUCGAUGUACGGUAUCCUCCACUUGGUGUGUUGAUCAUUCGCACGAUGGUGAUGCUCGUUCACUCGAGCUGACCAGAUUUCAAGAAAAAGUCCAAGACGUCAAGAAACUUAGGUCCGAACGAGCGUUCGCUGUUGCUGCGUCAGUUAAAGUGUCCCUAGGCAAAGUCGUCCUGGUGAAUAUGACCGAGGAUGGAACUACGCACUUUGGAGUUGCCGUCAACGUUAAACUAUUAGCAGCAGUUUAAGAACGAGCUUGGAAUGAAAAAUUACAUUUUUCACAAAUUCAAACUUCGGCAGCUGUAUUAACAAAUCCUGAUUGAAACGGUAUCCCAAUGAUGUUCCUCUAAUUUUUUUUUCUUUUUCUAUUAAACAUUGAGUUGUUCUUUUCUUUCUCUUUCGUUACAAUUACUAUUAGUUACUUCAUGAGACACAUUGCUAGAUUUUUAUGUUUCAAUGCAGAGUGCUAAUUAAUUCGUUAGUUUAUUAAAAAAUAAAAAAAAAAACAAAAAAAAUUGAAAAAUUGAAAAACAUGAUUUGCCACUAAAAUUGGCUAAAAAAUAAGGUUAUCUAAGUAUAAACAGAUGUGAAGAUAAAAGUAAUCAUAAAUCGAUCUGUGCACGUAAUAUGAGUGAAAAAAAUAAUAAAACUUGGACAUACAAGUGUUGGUUCACUCUAUGUGCCGUUUUAUAUGCUUAUAAGUCGUUUUUUUAUUCCAGUUUUCAAUAAUUUUUUUUCCUUUUUAAUUCUUGUUUUUCUCACUUAUUGUAGCCGCGAAUUAUAUGAAGGCUCUGUAACUUAUGAAAAAGUAAUCGAUAUUACAGUUUUUUGCUCAGAUCAUAUACACACUCUAUGCGAUUGUUUUCACAUGAUUUUUGUAAGAGGAAAAGUAAACUUAUACUUAGCAAUACCAAUGUAUGAUGUGCCAGAGAAGGAAUGAUACAUGUUUUAUGAUAUCUAGCUGAAGCGAAGACUUAGCGUGCGCGCAUACCUUUAUUACUAUAUUAUAACUUGGUAGAAAUGUGGAUGUCUGAACAAAUAAAUUAGCUUAACUGUAUCAAGAGCUGUAAAAGAUAGGUAUGAUCAACGAUCAAAUCAAAUUGAAGAAACAUUCAAUUUAAAAAGUUUAAAGAUAUAAACUGCUAUUUCUUCUUCCGGAUAUGACAACAAACGAUCGGACAUGUCUGAUAUGAUUAUUGCGGAAACGAAUUGAAAAAAAAAAAAUAUGUCUUAAGUAUACGUCAAAAGAAAAACUAUACUUAUAGAAAAAAGUAUGCCAGUCCACCAAAUCAACACACGGUUGACGUCUGAGUAAAAUAGCUACCCCUCUCUUGACAUCUGAGAAUCGUAUGCUAUAUCACUGUAAGGCGGCAUACUAAAACUGAGAUAUCUCCCGAUUUGCUUGUUUCAGAUACAUUUGUAUUUGCAAUUUGUGCAUAAUUUAAGAGUAAAACAUUUCUGUACAUAAAA